UGCGCAAACUCCUGACCAAAAAAUUUUUAUGCCUUUUUGUGUCUGUGUCGUCCAACCCCGAAGAGACGAAAAGUCAGUGUCGAAGGGUGAGGAAUAGGAAAAAAAAAACAAGGAGCACGCAAAAGUGAGACAAGUGGACAAAGUGAUUAGGAAAUUGGCUAAAAAUCAUCAGAAAAAUCCCUCAAUGGUGAUUUCGAUUGAAUAAUUUGUGCAGGAACUGACGAGGAUAAGCUUUUUCCUAAAGUUUCGAGGAGACAGACACACAAACUGUCCAGUGAGACUGUGUGGACGGAGAAUGUUGAGCUGGAGGAGUGACAUCCUGACACUCGUGAAAUGUUUCCUUCUCGACACUUGAUUGCCACAAGUACAGCACUCGGAGCUGUAGCAAUUGCUGAUAUUGUGUCUGGGCGCUACUGCGAAGGUGGACAUCGAUGCUCCGCCCCGAAGGAAUGCUGUGCUCAGGGAUGUUGCUACUUGUACGCUCCGCCGAGUCCACCACGAACGGUACCUCCGGCGGCAGAUCAUGUGCUAAAUCUCUUCUUCAUCAACCACUGGUACUUCUGGUGCCUCGUACUGGCCAUCAUUCUAGCACUCCUGUGCGCCUGUUCACUCUGGAAAAAACGCAGACAGCUGUGUGGAUGGGGCGUCGCCGGAGCAGGCCACAGUACCCACUCCGAAGGUGAUUCCGCGGGCUCGUGCUACGCCCCACCACAGUACAGUCGCUGUAGCUCCUUCCAUCAUGCACCGCCACCCUACACAGAAGUCACUUCAAAGCCGGAUCUCUAUCCCCUCGUGUUCUCCUGCAAUGGCGAUAGCGGCAAAAAUGGCGCCAACUACCUCAUGGUGCAGUACUUCCGCAAUUACAUCGUGCGACCGCUGGGUAGUAUUUCAGCCACCAGCACCGUGGAUUCGCUCAGUUCCAGCUUUAUCUGCACAGUCAAUGAAGCCAAUAGUCUCGUGCCACCGCCGUACUCACGAGCCGCCAGCCCAGAUGCCACCACGACAAUUUCCAUCAAUAGAUCCUUCCCACGCUCAGCCUCCCAACACGCCACAUUUGCUGCAGAUCCACAUCAUCUGCGCCCAGCUAACUCUGUGCCUGGAGUAUUGAGUUACAGUCAACCGGGAGCCUGUGGCACCAGUGAGGAUGGAUCCACUCCGUGCCUGCGUUUCUCCGACAGCACCAACUUCCCCUACCUCUCGGGUGGAUCACAGCACCAGCAAUCGCCCGGCACAGUAACGCUCAACAUCUCCCACAGCGAACACCACAUUCAAGCACUGGCUGCCGGACAGGAUCUGGCCAGCAGUGCUGCCAACGCAGUCAGCAACAACGUACUCUGCAGUCCCACUGGACAAUGUGUUCCUGUGUCAGAAUCUGUGGAGAAUUUCCAUCAGAACUACGAUGAUUUGAGUGCUCUGAGGAGAAAUCUAGAAAAAUGCUGUCACAUCCUUCAGAAGCAACAUCCAUCUGGCCCAGGAAAGUUUCCACUGACGCCAGGUGAGAAAUCCCCGAGUGCCAUUGAGGCAGGAUCUGAGCACUAUGAGGGUCUAAGGACAUUUGUCAACUCAAACAUGGACUCUGCUGUGUCCAGUUUGACGAAUAUCGAGAGUCCCAUGUCUCCACCUCAGGCCAUCAGUCCCACGGAUGAAGUGCGUGAAUUGCUGGAGCAGAUCAAGCAAUUGCAGAGCACAACAUCGGGACUUGAGGCAGCAGAGGGUUGUUUAUCCAGAGACGACAGAAGAACUGAUUCACGGAAUUCUGGGACAAAUCUCGAGAGUGUGGUAAUACCAGAGACAUACACAAUGGGCACAAGAAGGAGUCUUUUCGGUAAGUCCACAAAAUCUGCCUACAUUCCCUUCUCGUCCGUGAGGGAGACCCAGCGCAGUCCCACAAAUCAGCGUCCUACAAGCUUCCUGAUCCUCGCAAAGGGCUACCCAUAUACAGGCAAAAGAGGCUGGAUAUCGCGAUCGGCACCCACGACACCUGGCACUGCCCUACCAACGACAAAUCACCUCACCGAGGACAGCCCGCUCCUCGAUGAGCACGAUGAAGAGGAACAGAAUGUGUAAGGACAACAUCCCUUCCCCUUAGACACCUCAAAUUUCCCUCUCCCUGCCCUCAAUUAAAAAAAAAUCCCUUCCCUUCCAGCGCGCGCCCCCAAUUUAGCCCUUCUCUCGACAUGGCAUUUUUUAAUUAUACUGUAUCAAUGUGACAAAUGUAGCCACUUUUUGCCUCCCUUAUCUCUCAUUCUAUCUUAAUCUCUAAUCUCUGAAAUAUUCCGAGAAAGUCUCUUUUUUUUCCUUUCAAAUCCCACUCCAAGCCUUUCUUUGCGGAUCUCAGCGCCAUGCUCAGUUUCUUCCACCAAGAAUUUUUCUUUCACUGACGAAUUUUCCUAUAUAUACCGAAAAAUUACAGUGGGCAGCAGAAAAUUGUGGACACUCACUUUAGUCGUGUGUUAAAAAUAUUAUCACACGAACUAUAUAGUAUAGGGCACAUGGCAACAUUUAAUGUGCCAGUGCUCCAAAAAACCCUCUGUUUCAAAGAAUACUUUAAAAAAAAGUAAUGGCGCUGGCACAAAUUUUCAAUUGGGUGAACUUCAAUCAAUUGAAAUUUUACUUCUUACUCUUUCAAAGCGAAAUAAGAUAUAUGUGUCUCUUUCUUUCAAAUGAAAAUUGAAAUUUCAAUUUCAAUUUCAAUUUUAAUGACGCUGGCACACCUUUUCAAUUUAAUAAAAUUCAAUCGAUUGAAAUUUUACCUGUCUUUCAAACUGAAAUCAGAUAUAGCUAUCUCUUUCUGUCAAAUGGAAAUUGAAUUUUCAAUGUCAUUUUCAAUUUCAAUUUUAAAUUUCAUUUGGCAGAAAGAGACAACUAUAUCUGAUUUCAGUUUGAAAGAGUAAGAGGUAAAAUUUCUAACGAUUGAAUUUCAGUCACUUGAAAAGGUGUGCCAGCGCCAUAAAUUUCAUUUGACAGAAAGAGACACCCAUAUCUGAUUUCAGUUUGAGAGAGUAAGGGAUAAAAUUUCAAUCGGUUGUAAUUCACUCAAUUGAAAAGGUGUGCCAGCGCCAUAAGAAUAUAAAGUAUAUAAAUCAGAUCACAUCGAAUAAAUUUUGCUCCUAUAAAAAUCUAUUCAACAAAAGCUUUUAAGAAUAUUAAAUAGUAUUUUUUCCUAGAUUAUUUUAAAAGUUGCAUAUGUAAACCCUUGGAAGCUUAAAUGCUUAAAAACGUAAAUUAAACACUAAAUUAUUGUCAUCUAAAUGAAAAUUUCUCUUUCUGAAACCAUCGAAACUAUACACUGACGUAGUAAACUUUAAAGCUCUUUCAACAAGCUUUAAAGCUUCACAAAUGGACAAAGACCUGAAAAUUGAAAAUCGAAAAGGAACGAAUCUACUGACCGAGCAUAAAACAUUAUGUGACUAAACCUCAGGUUUCGCUUUGAAUUGAUAAACUAAAUCGUCGCUUUUAUCAUUUGGUGUAAGUGUCCUUUCACAAGUCUCUACGGCACGAAUUUUAAGUUCAUACACUGAGAGAAAUCCGAAAAAGUUAAAAUAACAUUCCGGAAAUGUUAAUUUUACUCUACAGUAUUGAUCCAAAAUCGGUGUAAAUAUUACCCUUUUUAGGUGUAUUGGGGGUUAAAGUUACCCUUUUCAUGUUGAUUUUACCCUAAAAUAGGUGUAAAAUUAACAUUAAAAAAUGUUGAUAUAUUUUUACACCUAAAAAGUGUUAAAGUUAUGAGGAAAAAAAGUUAAUCGCACCCUCUUUUUUUUCUCAGUGUACCUUACGUUUUUUUUUAAAUGCGUUGUAAUGUAACCAAGCCCUGUCAGGUUGUUUUUUUUUUAUAUGAAGCUAUUUGAAACCAACUCGUCAAUUGAUCUCGGACUCAACUCAUAGUGCACUGAGGGAAAAUGUACUUAAACAAAAAUCUAUUAAUCUAUCUAUCAAUUUUUCUUCUUUUCUCUUUUAAUUGCUAGCCGCACUAGUUAUCGUACCGGCGAUUAUCCAAAGUUAUCAAAAUUUGUCUCGAGUAAGCGGAGUCUCACACCCCUAAUGGCUAUUUCACGGACCAGAGGAACCACCACUAAAGGAAAAAGUCGUUAUUGCAUUCGAAUCUGGAAACACUAAAAAAAAGUAGCUGAUGUUGCUUUUAAUUUUUAAUGUUUUUAGGAAUUUUUAUUAUUCUUGUGGAAUUCUUCUUGCCUAAACAGAUGACAGAUAUGGUCUGGAUCCUAUCUUAUACAUGGCAAUUUUCAUAUUACAAAAACAAGAGAAAAAACAGUGAAAAUCACAGAAUUUUCCCAUAAAUCUCUUCACUGGCCAAUUCUUUAAUAAUUUUUAAUAAAUUUACUACGGAAAUUUGCUUACUUCCUUGCAAAAUAACGUGAAAAACAUCAACACAAAUGUCGCAAAAGGCACCGUCCGCCAUCUUCUAUUUCACAACUGAAGUACUUUUUCAAGAUAUUUUCUAGAGGAUUUGCCACGGACAAUUCAAAAAAUAAAUAGUCACAGAUGCUUCCAAAACUCAUCAAUUUUCUAUUCCAAUUCAUAAAUCACCGAUUUCCACAUAAUUUUCCACGAAUUAUGAAAUGUUGCAACAGUCGCUGGGCGAUCCAUAUUUAUCCUAUUUUUGCUAUCAAAUCACACCUUUUAACCAAUUCUGUGUCACUAAACUAAUUCUAAAAACUAUUUUCUUUAUGUUAACAUCAAUUUUUAAUGAAAUUUCAUAAAUUGAACUUCACAAAUUGACUUUAAAAAGGAAUCUCGGCUACGUUUUUUUUCAAAUGCUGGCGACUAUCAUUACAAAAGCAGAAAUCGACUUUUUCCUUAAAUGUUGGUUCCUAUGCACGGACGGUUAUUUCAAAUCUCUACAUUUUAUUGCAAAAAUUGAGGAAAAUAAUACUUCUUGGAUAGAAUACUUAUUUCAUAAAUAAUAAAAAAAAAUAUAACCCUCAACUGAAAAUCACAUCGUAAUUUUUUUUUGUUCAAGAAAAUUCUGGUGCAAUUUAUCAAAAUAUGCAGAAUUUUCGGUCACGAGUACGUUUAAUACUGCUAUUUAAUCCUUCUCUAUAGACAGCAUGCCCUCGCUGACUUUAUAUAUAUGAGAUAUAUCAUGAAAAUCGUGAUUAUAAAUUCUACCAAGUUGAUAAACAAUUUCAGAGAAAAUAUUCCAAGUACAUUUUGACAAAAUGACAUUUUGAGGAAAGUGCCGAAAAUUCAUAAAAUUUUCUAUAGAAAUUCAGCAGAAUUUUCAUACAUCGAUUGGAUCCACUUUAGAGCAAAAUUCUGCAGAAACUUUGCAGAAUUUUCGGCAGUUAUAUUUUCAAAUCUGACGAAUUUCUGCAGACUUUUACAGAAUUUGCCGGGUGGCUAAUUAUUAAACGAAACGAUUAUCUUUGGUAUUUUUUUUUUCAAAAAAUAUGAACUACACGAGAAGAAAAUUUUCAAAAUGAACUUACGGUUACGAAAUCAAUUGAGAGAAAUGGCUUUAUGUAUUUCAGUUUGCAAUACAUUCAUUUAAAAACUGUUUUUAAAUUUAUUAUUGUUAUUAUUUUUUAUGACCAGCGCACAAUAACUUUUGUUUGUAAACAUGUUUUCAAAAUUUCUCAUGAGAAUGAGCGAGGUGACUAGAUCUAGAUCUCACUCACUCUCAUUGGAAUGUCAAAAAUAUGUUUCCUAAACAAAAAUUAUUGUGCGUUGGCAUUAGUUUUAAAUAUAAGUUCCACAGUUUUGAGAAAAAAAAAAAACUGUAAAUAAUCUGAGCUACCAUAAGCUUAUCUGGGCUUUUAUUUUUGCUUUUUGAACUUAGGAGAAAAUGGCCUUGGCUCCCAAGUUUGUCAGUAAGUGUGAGGUGUUAGACUAGCCGUUAGAAUAUAUGGCUAUGGAUUCGAAUCAUUCAACUUUUUUUUAAGCUACAAUAUUGCGAAGCUACAAGCUCUCCCCAUAAUAUAUAUUUCAUAUUUUUCGAAAUAUUUUCAAUAUAUUUAAUACUUUUUAAAGUGUUCGCAAUCUUCUGCUACCCACUGUUACUCUCUUUUCAAAUAAUUCUGUCGUUAAGAUUGUGUAAUAUUUAAAGGGUAAUUAAUUCAUUAGUUAACAAAAAUAUGUAUAAAUAAAAUGAGUAAAAAAAAACCUGUUUAUGAUAUUAAGGAUUGCAUAUUUAAAGUCACAACUGUAUUGAACAAGAUGAAAAAAAAAUAUUUACGUGCAACUUAGUAAUAAGACUUUUUUUGCUUCAAUCUCCCCUCAUUUUCCUCGAGAUAUAACACUUACCUCCCUCCCCCAGAAAAAAAAAUUGAGUAAAACCAGAUGAAAUGAGAAAAUGUAAUAAAAAGUUAAAAAAAAAAAAUUGUAAUAACAAUUGCAUUCCGGAAGCACUUCCUUAGAUAGAGGCUUUACGUAUAAAUAAAAAUUGUCUCGGAAUUGAAUAAUAAAAGAAAAAAUUGUACGAAUUGCAAUAAUAUUAUCAAUACUUUGUCAAGUAUUCUAA